AUGGUCCGCAACACUGCAGCUGCAGCACCAAUGCGCCUAUUACUGAGUGGCUGUAACCUGUCAGACAGAAGCUGUAAAACUCUGUCUUCAGUCCUGAGCUCCCAGUCCUCUAGUCUGAGAGCGCUGGACCUGGGUAACAACAACCUGGAGGAUUCAGGAGUGAAGCUUCUGUCUGCUGGGAUGAAGUGUCAAUACUGCAAACUGGAAACGCUGAGACUGAGUGGCUGUAACCUGUCAGACAGAAGCUGUGAAACGCUGUCCUCGGUGCUGAGCUCCCAGUCCUCUAGUCUGAGAGAGUUGGACCUGGGUAACAACAACCUGCAGGAUUCAGGACUGAAGCUUCUGUCUGCUGGGAUGAAGAGUCAAUACUGCAAACUGGAAGCACUGAGACUGAGUGGCUGUAACCUGUCAGACAGAAGCUGUGAAACGCUGUCCUCAGUGCUGAGCUCCCAGUCCUCUAGUCUGAGAGAGUUGGACCUGGGUAACAACAACCUGCAGGAUUCAGGACUGAAGCUUCUAUUUUCUGCGGUGGAGAGUCCAAAGUGUACACUGGGAAUUCUCAGGUCAGGAUUCAGUCUUUUCUGAUGAUGAUUUAAAACC